AUGCAACUUUUUACAGUUUUGCAUAAAAGUACUAGUGGUAGUAUUCGUUCGCUUGUAAAGAUGUCUUCAGCAACAACAAUUUAUGAUUUCACUGUGAAAGAUGCAGAAGGAAAAGAUGUUUCGCUCGAAAAAUACCGAGGUAAACCAGUGGUAAUUGUAAAUGUCGCAUCGCAAUGUGGUUUGACAAAUUCCAAUUAUACCGAGCUUAAAGAACUGAUGGAACAUUACAAGGAUAAAGGUUUAGCAAUAGCUGCAUUCCCGUGCAACCAAUUUGGUGGACAGGAACCAAAGUGUGAAUUGGAAGUGAAAAAUUUUGUUGCUAAUAAAUUUCAUUUCGAACCUGAUUUAUACGGUAAAAUUGAUGUAAAUGGUAAAAAUGCUGCACCAUUAUUCGAUUUUCUGAAGCAUGCCAAAGGUGGAUUGUUUGGUGACAACAUAAAAUGGAAUUUCACAAAAUUUCUGAUUGACCAGGAAGGACAUCCGGUGAAGCGUUAUGCACCAACAACCUCACCCAAACAUAUGAUGAAAGAUAUCGAUGACCUCCUCAAGAACUGA